GAUUUCCAUUGUGUGAUCUACAACCAACAUGUAGGUACUUACUAGCCCGGUCUUUCAAGGUUCUAUCACCGAGCGUGCUUGCCAAGCUUCAACUUUCAGUCUACUUAUGAAUAUUUUACAUUCCCGUUUCCCCUACAAUAAGCAUCAGCCGUUCUUGCAGUCUUUCUCCUAUUCUUUACAAUAACAAGUACCAGUCAACAGUGGACUCUUCGAAUCAUAGCAAAAGAACUAGGAUCCUUUUGUCAUGCCACCAAAACGUAUGACCGCAAACCCUGUCCGGCCUGCGCGCCAUAGGGCAGGCAAAGCAACAGGCGCGUCGUCCGAAUCCGAAUCCGACCCAGAAACUAGCGAAAUCGAGUCUGAACGGCAGAAAAGGCCAGAUCACAAGAUCGCACCUCCUCCAAAAGUCAUGAGCGCCGGCCGAAUUGUAAGCAAACUCGGUCAAGUCGAUCUUAAUGAACAGAGCCGUCAAGGGAAGGAAGCCGAAGACCGUCGCCUAGCUGCCGAGAGAUCCGCCCGCUUGGCGGCCGAGGAAGGGUUCGUUACAGAGGAGAGCGACGAGAGGGAAAGCGAGGGUGAAAGCGAGGAGGGUAGCGAUGACGAAGAGGCGGAAAGCAGCGAAGAUGAGGUCCCGCGGAGACUCAUGCUCAAACCAAAAUUCAUACCAAAGAGCCAGCGGAAUGCGAAAAGCAAAGAGGCGGCUGCAGCGGGGACCGAAGGGGAAGCAGUUAGAAUAGCCGAAGAGGAGGAAGCUCGCAAGAAAAAGGCCAUGGAUGAGUUAGUGGAGGAACAGAUGCGCAAGGAUGCUGAGGCGCGUGCAGUAGGCAAGAAACACUGGGAUGAUCUCAUGGAUGAAGAAGAAGACGUCGACACAGAGGACGACAAGGAUCCCGAGGCCGAGUACGCAGCAUGGAAGCUACGGGAGCUAAAGCGUAUCAAGAGAGAACGUGAGGCCAUCGAAGCGCGGGAGAAGGAGCGCGAAGAGGUCGAGCGCCGCCGCAAUCUGACAGAGGAGGAGCGCAAAGCUGAGGACGAGGCUUUCAUCGCCCAGCAGAAAGAAGAAAAAGACGCUAAAGGUAAAAUGGCCUACAUGCAGAAGUACUUCCACCGCGGCGCCUUUUAUCAGGAUGACGAAGCGGCCGAGUCGCUUGCCAAGCGCGACAUCAUGGGUGCGCGCUUUGCCGAUGAUGUGAAAAACCGCGAACUGUUACCUCAGGCCCUGCAGAUGCGCGAUAUGACGAAGCUGGGCAAGAAGGGCGCUUCAAAGUAUAAAGAUCUGAAGUCCGAAGAUACGGGCCGUUGGGGCGAGUUCCGCGAUACGCGGCCUGGCAGGGACUUUGAUCGCGGCAAUUUCGACGACAGGUAUAAAUCCGACCGUUACCAGGAAAGAUCUGGCCCUGGAGGUGCAAAUGCCGUGCCGCUUGGUGAUCGCAAGGGAGUCACCGCCCACCCCAGUGGUCCAAGAAAUAGUGCAACCCGGAGAGAAGGUGAUAGGCACUGGGAUCGGGAUAGUGAGCGAAGUCAUGACCGGAAUUCCUAUAUGCCACGUGACGAAUCUUACGAUCGGCGGCGGCACUCGCGAUCAAGAUCAAGGUCACCUAGGAGAGAUGACAGACAUCAUGAUACUAGCCGGAGGAAACGGGACUCCUCACGGGACCCUAGCCGAUACGAAAGUGACAAGAGGAGGAGGAUAGACUCCGGUAGACAGUAGUAUUAUCACGGAUACAACCUCGCAAUUGGCAUGUAUAUAAUAAGAUGCUUAUAUAACUGCAUAGCAUGGAUCCGCACGUCUAUCAAGACUAUUCAUGAUUUCCAUACCGUUGUCACGUUGAAUAAGCCGCUAAAUCUCCAAGUCCUUUAUAUCCUCGUAAUUUCAACUCUUGCUCUUUCAAAAAU